AUGCUACAAGGGGAGCGGGCGCGUCCCGAUCGGACGGCUGCGAACGCAACCGCGGCCGAUAUAUACCUCGCCCCGCGCCACACUCCAAUGGCGUCCGCCGCAUCCACCUCCGCCUCCGCCGCCGUCGCCGUCGCCUCCCGCCUGCUCCUGCGCCGCGCGCCGCACCUGCUGCGCCGCCUCCCCCGCGCGCGCCCCGCGGCCUCGUCGUCUCAUCCGUCGUCGUCGUCGUUCGGCGCCGCCGCCGCUCUCCGACGCCCGCUCGGGCACCGCGCCAGGAUGGGCCACACCUCCGCCGCGGCGUCAGCUGUCCCCGCGCUCGGGCUCACCAAGGCCAACGCCGUCGAGCUCCCCCAGGUUGCUUUCACCGGCAAGGACAUUGAAUUCUCUGACUGGAAGGGCGACAUCCUCGCCGUCGCGGUCACGGAGAAGGAUCUGUACAAAGGCUCAGACUCCAAAUUUGAGAAUGCUGUGCUGAAGAAGCUCGACGCCCAGCUCAGUGGUCUCCUGUCUGAGGCCUCAGCCGAGGAGGAUUUCACCGGGAAGGCCGGGCAGUCGGUGGUUCUCCGCCUCUCUGGGCAGGGCUUCAAGAGGGUGGCUCUGGUUGGCCUCGGCCAGAGUGCCCCAUCCACCGCCGCGGCUUGCCGGGGUAUCGGUGAGUCCGUUGCAUCGGUUGCCAAGUCUGCUCAGGCUAGCAGCGUUGCUAUUGUCCUUGCAUCCCCAGCUGGGAUCCAGGAAGGGUUCAAGCUCAACGCUGCCGCGGCAAUCGCUUCUGGAACCGUGCUUGGCUUGCAUGAGGACAGCAGAUUCAAGGCUGAGUCGAAGAAGGUGCAUCUUAAACAAGUAGAUCUUAUUGGACUGGGUUCUGGUUCAGAGCUGGACCAGAAACUUAAGUAUGUGAAUGAUCUUUCCUCGGGCGUGAUUUUCGGGAAAGAGCUUGUCAACGCACCUGCAAAUGUCCUUACCCCUGCUGUACUUGCGGAGGAGGCAUCAAAGAUUGCUUCUGAAUACAGUGAUGUAUUCACUGCCACAAUAUUAGAUGUAGAGAAAUGCCAGGAGCUAAAGAUGGGCUCCUACUUGGGAGUUGCUGCAGCUUCUGCAAAUCCUCCUCACUUCAUCCACUUGUGCUACAAACCCGUUGGCGGCAAUGUCAAGAGAAAGCUGGCUAUUGUUGGGAAGGGUCUAACUUUUGACAGUGGAGGCUACAACAUUAAGACUGGACCAGGCUGCAGUAUUGAACUGAUGAAGUUUGACAUGGGAGGUUCAGCAGCAGUAUUUGGUGCAGCAAAAGCUUUGGCCCAAAUCAAGCCUCCUGGAGUAGAGGUUCACUUUAUUGUUGCUGCCUGUGAGAAUAUGAUUAGUGGCACAGGAAUGAGACCUGGUGACAUUUUGACUGCCUCUAACGGGAAGACAAUUGAGGUAAAUAACACUGACGCUGAAGGGAGGCUUACGCUUGCUGAUGCUUUGGUCUAUGCUUGUAAUCAAGGUGUUGACAAGAUUAUUGAUCUGGCAACACUAACUGGUGCCUGUGUUGUUGCACUUGGGCCUAGCAUUGCUGGAAUCUUCACACCAAGUGAUGAACUAGCCCAGGAAGUCACCGCUGCAUCUGAGUUAUCGGGGGAGAAGUUCUGGAGAUUGCCCAUGGAGGAAAGCUACUGGGAACAGAUGAAGUCUGGUGUGGCCGACAUGGUCAACACCGGUGGCCGACAGGGCGGCUCAAUCACCGCUGCCCUGUUCCUUAAACAGUUUGUCGACGAGAAGGUUCAGUGGAUGCACAUCGACAUGGCGGGGCCGGUGUGGAACGACAAGAAGCGUGCCGCCACAGGAUUCGGCGUGUCCACCUUGGUGGAGUGGGUCCUCAAGAACUCAUCAUCAUCCUGA